CCAAAUUUGUAUUAAUUCUACACGGACACUGAAAGCCUCUUGAAUCUUGAUAAUAUAAUACCCCGAUAUAUCUAACAGAAGCCAAUCCAGAGGCUUAAUUCCGGCGAUCUCCCACCGUUUCGUCUCGUAACUCCGGCGGCGGCGGCCAUGACGUUCAUAGUCCCCCCGCCGCGUGCCCGCCGGGUCGACGAUGCGGAGGCGGCGGCGGCGCUGCUGCUCGAGGAGCUCUCGAUCCGCCUGAUGGAAGAAGGCAGCAGCGCCGGCGGGCAUCCACCUCCGACGAGCUGCAGCGACCACGCCUUGCGCUACUUCAUCCGGGGAUUUACGACUAUUGUCAGCUUAGUAAUGGUUGCCUGGCUAAUCUAUGCGAGAUAUACGACCGACGAUUCAGAGCUUCAUGACCCCGCAAAGCUGUCAUUUUUAAUUGUUCUCUCUCUUAGUUUGGCGGCAUUCGGCUUCUGCUCUACUUCAGAAACUGAGCUACAGAGACUACUAGAUUGAUGAGUCCUAGCAAAAGUGGAACACAGUGUCAUAGUGUGCAUGGUCCUAGAAGGAAAACUUCAUUGUGUUGAUAUAUACUCUUUCCUUUUCUUUAAUACUAAUUAAUACUAGAUAAUACCGUUAACUUUUACAUA